GAGAACACUCGCGCGACGUAAGUUCUACAAGCGCAUCGCGGUUGGACAAAGUGAGUGUCACCAGAUGUCGCUACUAGUCUUGCCAUACCGUUGCCGACGGCUCCGGGCAGCCGCGCAAAUCGCAAACGGUGACAAGCUUACGGCCAGUUAUGCUUUAGAACUGUUUCCUUCAACAGCCCAGGGCAGUCCGCUGACGAGCCCUGAGAAGAAACGCGACAUAACUGUCGUGCCAGCGGGUUCGUCGCCAGCGUGCGUUUCGCAGCAACCCACGUCGUCCUACACGGGCACGUCGUCCUCGCAGUCGCCGGCGUCGGCAAAGAGCUCGACGAGCCUCACGGACCCCUCGCCUUCUCCAAAGUCGUGCCGCUCGAGGCACAGGCGGCGACAUCAGGCCGGCACCCCGCUGAUCUCGAAGACAACGGACUUCAAGGCCCCAAGCCAAGUGCAUACGCCACCAGCCGGUGAAACCCAGCCACCCCGUGAGCAUCAAACUGGUGGUCACUCCACGCCAUCGGCGGAUAAAGGGCGCGGCUCACAGCGCUCGCCGAAGGCGAAGCAAAGGGCGACCGAUGGCGAGCCGAAGCCUGAGCAGAAGAUCGAAUCCACUACGACGACGAAAUGCGUUGUGAUACCCGAGGCAAUGCCGGAGUCCAUCCUAGAACUCGGAGCGGUGCAGCAGCAGCAGCAAGAUCCUGAGCCGAGGCAACAGGAAGUGCGCGGAGUGCUCAAGAAACGAAACCCGUCACUGCAGCCCAGCCUGGCCAGUCGCCGCGGCAGCACGUUUGCCAGGCAGCCGCUGUUGUCCCGUGCGUCGUUGGACAACGUGACGGAGCGGAGGAACCUCCUCGCACCACAGAAUUCCCAGAGCGACUCUAGGGCACCCGCAGAUAGGGUCUCAAGUUUGUGUUUCAACGGAGCAGAACAACAGACGUCAUCAUUAAGAGUGCGAGCGUAAGUCCAUUCGGUGGAUGACCCGCCACUAACGCGCUGGGCUACAGAGCUCAGUCGUUACACUAAACGACUGGAUCCUUCCAAAAGGGACCCCUGAAGAUAGCAAAACUAUAUAGACAGCCUGCUGCUCUACCUAUAAGGAAGCGAAACGAUUCGCCUAAUCUAGGCACCUCGC